GCCGACCACUUCGAGACAGCCACUGGCGACAAUGAAGUUCCUGAGAAGGACUUGAUGGAUAUGUUGACCUCACUGAACGAAAUUGUUGUGAGUGCGGACAAAGAGCACAAGGCUUUUGAAAAGCUUUCCAGUGCACGUGGGACUGCCUGCCAGUCGACCGAGACGAGUCUCCAACAGUCCAUCUCCGAGGGAAGUCAGUCUAUCAAGACCGCACAAGUCGAGCUGUCGAAAGCCAUGAGCGAGGUUGAGUCCAUCCAGGGAGAUGUGACUGAGCUGAAGUCUCAAGUCAAGACAGUUGAGGAUGAGGUUGCUGCUCUUCAGAAGCAACUUGCUAAUCUACGAACGGAACGUCAAGCGGCUGUUGCCCGCGACUCUGGCUACACUCGGGAAGUGAAGGCCAUCCUGAGCAAGGCCAAGCAAAGAAUAGAUCAGGUCUGGUCAAGGAGCGGUGCCCACAAGCUGGACGAGGCGGCCGAGCUUCUGCAGGGAGACAGCAAGGACAGCGACCAGGGUAGAGAGGGCAGCGAGGAGGGAGAAGCCACGGUGAUGGGCAGCGCGCGGCCGCCACUGCCGGGCUUCUCUGCCAAGACCGAGCGAUGGGUGAUGGAGCUAAUUUACGGCAGGCGCUGCGAAGCAGAGGAGAAGUACCUCAAGGAGCGGCGCGAGAACGUGCCGAUCACAAAGGUCCCGCUGAUGAAAGCGAAAGGCUUUAAAGCCACCAGAAACCAAACCUAUAUUGACAUCCGGCCGGCCACUCCAUCAGUGGCCAGCAACAUGAGCCGAAGGAGCAGGGCCUCCUUCACUGGUCGGAGCAUCUGCAGCCAGCCGAGACGAGACCUCAGCCGGCACGCGAGUCUCGGAGAGCUAAAGUCCCAAAGAGCUGAGCCCAUCCAGGAGGUGGAUGAGAGGCACGAAGCCGAUGCUGGCCAGCCCGAGCCGGACCUCACGGAGCAAAGAGAGCCCAAGAGCUUCGUCCUGCCGAAAUAUGCUUUGGCGAAAUACACGAUGAAGCACAUGUAUUUGGCCGAGUGCGGCACGCGCAGCACCAGCAUGCAGAACCUUCGAAGCGUCAUCAAGCCCGCGCACAAUGUUCGCAGCACAGCUGCGAGCUUCUUCCAGCAGCCAGGAAGGUGA